CUUCGUUUUCACUCUUACAGUUUAUUGUUCACCCAUCCCAGUGGGAAAAAGAAAAAAGUCUAGUCAUGGCGUUGAAGCUUGUUAGCAGAGUGGUGGCGCAAAUUGCGAACACGAGAAGCAGAUCAUACUACACGAGCAGGACGAAGAAGCUAAGCCUUUACUCCAAGAUUAGCCCACUUGGAAACCCUACCACAAGCAUGGAACCUGAGCUCGACGAUUGGGUCUACAAGGGUAACAAGGUUCGAGUUGGAGAGCUUCAGCGCAUCGUUCGCGACCUUCGCAAGCGCAGGAGGUUCGCCCAGGCACUCGAGGUUCCCCCCAAAAAAUGUGCCCUUUUUAAAUUGUCUCCUUGUUCUAAAUUUAGGGUUCAAGCUUUUAUGGAAAGGGGAAAUUGGAAAUAAAACAAAGUUGAAGCCUUUGGUGAUGGAAUGUGUGAUGCAUGGAAUGAUUUUGGUUGAUCGUGUCUUAGAUCAGGAUAAUUAUGAUUUUAAAACAAAUUAGUUCAGUUGAAAUAAUCCACAAUUAGGUGAAGAAACAAUGUGAUUGGCUGAGGCUAUCAGUUCGGAAAUGGUGAUUCUUAAGCUUCAAAGUAUCUGAGUGGAUGAAUAAGAAUGGUGUGUGCAUAUUUUCUCCAGUUGAACAUGCAGUGCAUUUGGAUUUGGUUGGCAAGGUUCAUGGAUUUCAGUCUGCUGAAUGCUAUUUUGACAGCUUGAAGGACCAAGAUAAAAUUGAUAAGACAUAUGGUGCUCUCUUGAAUUGCUAUGUUCGCCAGCGCCAAAUUGAGAAGGCUCUCUCCCAUUUCCAGAAAAUGAAGAAGCUGGGGUUCGCUUCGACGCCUCUAACCUACAACGAUAUUAUGUGUUUGUAUACAAAUAUUGGACAGCAUGAGAAGGUCCCCGAUGUGUUAACUGAGAUGAAAGAAAACGGGAUUUUACCUGACAACUUCAGCUACAGAAUAUGUAUAAAUUCUUAUGGCGUGAGGUCUGAUGUCACUGAAAUGGAGAGAAUAUUGAAAGAGAUGGAGAGUCAACCGCAAAUUUUGAUGGAGUGGAACACUUAUUCUGUUGUGGCUAAUUUCUAUAUAAAAGCAGGGUUCGUGGGUAAGGCAGUUGAUGCUUUAAGGAAAUCAGAGGAGAGGCUAGAUAACAAAGAUGGUAUUGGUUACAAUCAUCUCAUCUCUCUUUAUGCACAACUGGGCAACAAGAAUGAGGUCCUAAGAGUAUGGGAGUUGGAGAAAAGUUCUUGCAAAAGAUGCUUAAACAGGGAUUUUACAACCAUGUUAGAAUCUCUGGUGAAGCUCGGUGAGCUGGACGAAGCAGAGAAAAUACUGAAGGAAUGGGAAUCCUCUGGCAACUGUUACGAUUUUUCAGUCCCAAACACUAUAAUCAUUGGGUACGCAGAGAAGGGUUUGUAUGAGAAAGCUGAAGCCAUGCUGGAAGAUUUACAGAACACCGGAAAGGUGACGACUCCGAACAGUUGGACUGUGGUGGCAGGUGGAUACCUGCAUACGGGUGAGAUGGGGAAAGCUUUGAGGUGCCUUAAAACAGGUCUGUCUUUGUAUGUUGACAAGAAAGGAUGGAAGCCAAACCCCAAGGUGAUCUCUGGUGUAUUGAGAUGGAUUGGUGACAAUGGAACUGUCACAGACGCAGAAAAUUUAGUGAGUUCAUUAAUAAAUGUUGUCCCAGUAAAUAGACAAAUGUACCAUGCCCUAAUCAAGACUUACAUUAGAGAGGGUAAAGAAGUGGAUGAACUUUUGGACCGCAUGAAAAAAGACAACAUUGAUGAAAACGAAGAAACUAGGGAAAUUGUUCAAAUGAGGAAGCUGUAGUUUAGACUUUCAAGUCAUAUUAUUAUUCUUUGGUUGUAUCAUCGUUCAUAUCAGCAUUCAGUUUCUAAAUGAUUGAGGUCUAUAUACAUUACAGAUUUACAGUAGAAUUGAUUCAAAACGUAAUAUUACAUUUAUUUGCUUAAAACCGAGGUGCAACUGUCCAAGCACUAUUAGUUCUUAAUCCCAUGGUCUCCACAUUCAGUUUUGCCAGAUGCAGUUGAAAUGCCCGCGAUUGACGAUAACUUCUUAAGUCCAGUUCCUACUCUGUUUAAUGAAUAUACUUAGCAGAUAAAGCCAUGUCAAGCGGAAAAGAAUUUAUCAUUGUCACUAGUGAAAUAGGUUUGUUGUAUCAUUCUUUCACUUGCAUGUUUUUUUUACAUAUGGUGCAGUAUGGCAGAUAAGGUAAACAACUUUUGUUCUUUUGUUCUUAGAUGUUAUAUAAUUGUUUACCAAUGUUUCGUGAUUUCGUCUAUCCAAACAAUUCAUUAUUUUUCUCUACAAGGUAACUUUUGUCUAUUACAUAGGCAAGUAAUCGAAACUAACGUGAUCUUUUGAUAGUAACCAACCCUUGCUUUCUUUUUCCUCGCCAAAACUAGUGAUGCCAUUGGAAUAUGAAUGUAAAAAUUUUACCAUCAAAGAAUCAGGUA